UUCAAUACAAACAUUCACUUGAUCCGCACGUCUUUUAUUUCUUUACUGAAGUCAAUUAGAUAACUUUAUUUGACGUGUUAGGCGUCAGGCACUUACAAAACCUGCUUUGCACUAUCUAAAAUUUGUGAUUUUUUCUUCUAUUUGCUAACAAAAUUGAAAUGCGCAUUUCCAUAUUCUUAUGGUUGAUUAGUGCUCUUCCAGGGCGACAAAUCAAUGCGAGGCGCCAAGAUGCCCCAAUAAUCACCGCGAUUAAAAAUGGAAACGAAAACAUCAUUCAAGAUCUCAUUGACGAUGGAGCGGAUGUCAACAUUGCAAAUGAAGAUGGGAACAUACCAUUGCAUAUUGCAGCAUCGAAUGAUUUGCCGACGGUUGUUGAAUUAUUAUUACGCAAUGGUGCAAGUGUCAACGCUGUGAACAAACUGGGGUAUACACCAUUAUAUGUGGCUGCUGUGAAUGGUUAUGAAAAAAUUGUCGAACUAUUAAUUCAUAAUGGUGCAAGUGUAAACUUUGUGGACAAAGAAGGGUACAGUCCUUUAUUUUCAGUUAUUUCUGGAGGUGAUGAUAAAAUGGUCGAACUGUUAGCUUACAAUGGGGCAAGUGUCAAUGUUGUAAAUGGACAAUUGAUGGAUACACCGACGCCGUUGCAUUUAGCAGCUGUCAAAGGUUAUGAGAAAAUUGUUGAAAUUUUAAUUCACAACGGGGCAAAUGUCAACAGUUUAAAUAAAGACGGAAAUACGCCGCUUCAUAUGGCUGCUCAUAAUGGCAAAGACAAAGUUGUUGAAAUUCUACUUCGUAAUGGCGCAAAUCGCAAAGUCACAAACCAAAAGAAACAAACCGCUAGAAACUUGGCUAGAGAAAAAGGUUACUCAAAGAUCCUUGAUUUACUUAGAAAAACAUUCACUGCACAAAAUGCUUGUGAUUCGUAUUCAAAUCUUCAAACAGACGACACUUUGAAUGACGAUCCUGCAGAAGCUGCUGAAUUUCCAUGGAUGGUUGCUUUGGGCUACGUCGAUGAAAAAAAUAAAAUUAAUUUUAAAUGUGUAGGCACAAUUAUAUCAAACUUUUUUAUACUGACAGCAGCACAUUGUACAACAUUGGCACGUCAACUCUCUGUAGUUCGAAUUGGAUUAAAUUUGAUCGACGACGACAUGAUGAAUCCAAAUAGUCCCCAAAAUCAUAAUAUAGAGCAAAUCAUACGGCACCCAAACUAUUCAUCAACAUCAUCGAAGAAUGACAUUGCGUUGAUUCGAGUCACACGAUCCAUCGAGUUUUCAGAAUUUUCCAGACCAGCCUGUUUACAAACACUUUCAAGUGACAUAAAUCCAAAAGCAAAUCUCAUUGUUACCGGUUGGGGAAUGAUUUCUACAGCGCGACGUAAUAGAUCGAAUGUACUGCUCAAGGCCAAUAUGACAACAUUGCCACUGGAGGAAUGUAAUAGUACGAUUUUUGAAUAUAACCAACACCCAAAUGGUGCAUCUUUUCGAAAUGGGGUCAGUGAGAGUCAGUAUUGUGCACGUGAUGUGAGAAUGAAAAGCGAUAGCUGCCAAGGAUACAAUGGUGGACCACUUCAAAUCUAUCGUUCUGAUUCAAAAAUAGCCAAAAUUGUCGGCAUCGUUUCGUUUAGUACCGGCUGCGAAACAGACAGGCUACCAAGUAUUUUUACCAGAGUGUCUUACUAUUUGGACUGGAUCGAAUCAAACGUUUGGCCAAACGGCGUCAAUUCCACAUUUAACUGAAGAAAUACAGAAAUAAAAACAAAAAUAUUGAAUAAUUACAA